CAGCUCAAGUUCCUUGUGACACAGGGAUGACUAAUUUCCCAGCCGGUGUUUGUUGUCCGAUAAGAAAUCCUGUGACUAAUGUCACUUCAACUCUUUCAUCACCGUGUGUGAACAGUGCUAGUGACCAGUUGUUCACGGUAUUUGAUCGGUAGCACAAUGACAGUAUUUUAAACGCGGAAACUAGAUAGAAACAACUGACAUGAACAUGUUUUUAUUUGAGCGCUGUAUCCGUAAGUUUCGGAUGCUGCUGUCAUAAUUAUGAAUCUGCAGAUUUUUACACACAGUUCAGCACUAAUUUGACGCCGUAGUAUUAUAGAAUUCCGUACUUGAACCAAGCUGUCCUACUUCAACCCUGAUGAUGGAGUCAACUGAAAGAAGACCGAGUAGUGACUAUACUGAAAUAAUUAGCCGUCUUCCACUAAAACACCGUUUAGCCUAUGGUGUUGGCCAUGUUUUGAAUGAUAUAUGUGCGUCCAUGUGGUUUACUUAUCUUCUAGUAUUUUUUCAUUUGGUGCUACAGUUCAACAGUUUUUUAGCUGGCCUAGUGCUGUUAAUUGGACAAAUAGCAGAUGCAGUAGCCACACCAUUUGUAGGAUAUCAGUCGGAUAGAGAUGACAACUUUUGGCUCUGCAAGUACGGAAGACGCAAAACAUGGCAUUUGUUUGGUACAGUGUGUGUACUAUUCAGCUUUCCUCUGAUAUUCUCACCAUGCUUGAACUGCGAACAUAGCCAUCAGUGGGCUCAGCUUAUAUAUUAUUCUGCAUUUGUCAUCAUCUUCCAGCUGGGUUGGGCAUCAGUGCAGAUUUCACACCUUUCACUAAUUCCUGAUCUCACACCAAGUGAGCAUGAACGCACAGAAUUGACAGCUAUCAGGUAUAGUUUUACAGUCUGUUCCAAUGUAUUCGUGUACAUUAUUACAUGGGCAAUUUUGCACUUCACAAGUGAAAAUUCAGAAGCACAAAUAGGCCCAAAAGAUUUAACAAAAUUUCAGAAUGUAUCACUGAUUGGAAUUGGAGUUGGUGCAUUUGCAUCCCUGAUAUUUCAUCUGGGUGUCAAGGAAGCACCACCACGCAGUGAUGGCUUAACGCAUGGUCCAGGUGGCCGACGCACAGCAUUACACAUGCUAAAAGAUAUUCAGCUUUAUCAGGUUGCAGGAGUGUAUAUGGCAACUAGGCUCUUCGUCAAUCUCAGCCAGGUUUACAUCCCUCUGUACCUGCAUGAAUCGCUGAGUAUGAAUGCAGAAAGCUUGGCAAUAGUUCCACUUGUCAUGCUUCUGUCCAGUUUCGGAACAUCAUUGCUGAUCAAACUGUUAAACAAGAAACUUGGCAGAAAGGUAGCGUAUUUAGUAGGUGCUGCUGUGGGGUUUGCUGGGUGCUUAUGGAUCCAAUUUGGAUAUGGCAGUGCAUUUGUUAGAUACGAAAUCUAUGGUGUUGCAGCUUUAUUGGGUGCUGGAGGUUCCAUAAUGUUGGUGACAAGUCUUGGUAUCACAGCUGACUUUAUUGGGCAUAAUACUGAAAGUGGUGCAUUUGUGUAUGGGGCAAUGAGUUUCACUGACAAAUUGUCAAAUGGAGUUGCUGUAACUAUAAUACAGACAUUGAAAUGUGGCACACUGUGUGUUGGGUACUACCGAGAUGUAAUGACAUAUGUGUGUGGCGGUGCAGCUUUAUUUGGUGUUGUUGCUUUAGUGACCCUGAUGCCAUUCCAGAUAGGGAGAAGAAAGGAUGGUGCGGCACCACCAUACAGUUCACUGACUUCUGAAGAACAAACAGAUGGCUUUGUUAAUACCAGCAUCCAAAAUGAAAAUCAAGCUGGCCUGAUAUCUUAAUAUAUAAUUGUUGUUACUAUAUGACUGUUGACUGUGAUAUAUUUUGUAAAUGAUACUGACUCAUAAUCUUAGUCACUUAUAAUUUGUUGUUUUGUGUGAAGUUUUAUUGCACCUACUGUUUCAAAAAAAUUGUUUCCUUGUUUGUUUAUAUAUAUAUUCAUCAUCAAGUAUGUGUGCAAUGAUUGCUUUAGCAAAUGUUGUAUUUAUUUAUUUCUUGUUUAAUGAGUGUAGUUUAAAAUGUUUUGCACAGACACUACAUGGAAGAUAACUGGCAGGAGACUUUCAAAACUAUACUUCAAAAGUUUUGUGAUGUUGCCUCCUAGACAACACAUUUUUUAAAAAAGAUUACAAGUAGUACAGUUUUAUUUUAUUUAUUUAUUUUUAAUAUUGCUUGUACUAUCGCUAAAGAAUUUCAUUCUAUACUUCCAUCUCCAGGUGGAAACUGGAGUAGUGUAUUAACAAGAUGAUUUGUUGCUAACACUGCACAACUUUAAUACAGAGUUUCUGUGAACAGAUUUUAUUCAUAGCAUGUGUGUUUGACUUUCAAGAAUUCCCAUAUGUAAUCAUAAUAAGAGGUAUUUGUAUUUCUGACUCCAUUUAUGGCUGACAACCUGAAAAUCUGUUUUAGCAAACAGCUAGUAGUUACCUGAUCUUUGUACUAUGUACAUAAUUUGAUAAUGCUACAAAACACUUUGUAAAACUUCUUGUUAAAUGUAAUACAAAUGGGAAAUUUUAUAUUGGACUAAGUUUAAAAUAUACACAAUUGUUGCAAACAGUUUAGAUGACCACUUUUGAUAUUAUGAUAUUAGUUUACACUACAUUGGAGAACAAUAUGAGCUUUUUGUUUUCAUUUUUGUAAUCCAACUGAAUGUGGUCUUUUAUGCUGUGGUUAAUACUUUUAUUUCAGUUGUUAAUUUCCAAAAAAAUGAAAGAUGUUUCCAAUAUGCCAUACAGUACUCUUAAAGGCCAAUGUAACCAGAUCCAAUUCCAUUUUAGCUUUCUUGUAUCUUCUGCAAAAGUACUUCAGAUUUUACUCUUACACAUAUUCUCUCUUCUUUCAUUUCCUCUGUACGGGGGGUGUCUUGUAGGAAAGGCAUAUUGUAGCUAGUCACUAACAGGAGUAGACGUUCAAAGUAACAUAACUGAAACUAUUUCCAAAACUGACUUUUUUUAUUUGUUAUUUAUGUGAACUUCAUUAACUAGGCAUCUUGUGUGAAUAUUUUAUGAGCAAAUUAGCACCAUUUCUGAAUUUGAGUGCAGGCACAUUUCUUUGAUAGACAUGAUCUUUGAGAUAGUUCACUCUUAGACUCCAUUCAUGUAUCAUAAGAAACUAACAGUUGACAAUUGUAAUUGAUUUUCAUGUUGACCUCUGAAUUCUUCAACAGCAUGUUCGAGAAAGGUGUCAUAGUUUUAGUGUUCAAAUCAUUGAAUUAAGUGCUCUUGAGUCUUCAUAUAAGUUAUUUGUUUCUCCUUUAAUGUUAACCCAUUAAGCUGUCCACAAAUAACUUAUGAUUGCAUUAUGUUAUCACCUUUUGUAUCUUAUAUUCCCCUUCAAAUUUUCACUUACAAAGUCUGCACUUGCCAAAUUUCAUUUCACUGAGGCCUCUUGUAUGUGUUUGUACUUAGAAUACAGAAAAUUUAAAAUAUUGGCAUAAAAUCUAUGCUCACACAUUUGCGUUGCAGAUGAGUGUCUCACCAUAUCAUGCAGUGGUAUUGUAGCAGCAUGCAGCAUGGCAAAUGUCUGGCGAUAUUUAGAGAGUGAAUUUUACACUGUGGCAGUAUUUAAAUAUUCAUUCCACCCUACAGGUAGCAGACUGGAAUUGAUCUUGUACCCAUCGGUUACACGUAGCCACAGCAUCAUUGACUGUAGGUCCUUUCCUGGCAGUUGCUGGUGUGGUUUCUUGCUUUUAUCAGCAAGUCCUCUUUCUUUGCAGAGCUGUUGCGAAGCUUGUGUGUCUCAAUAGAUUCUCUGUAUAGAAGGUUUGACAGCUCUUGAUGGCAUAUCCUACGUGUGCCAUCAAUUUUUAUU